AUGUAUGUGGAAUGGUUUGAUACAGUAAUGCUUUACUAUGUGAUUUUAGUGAUUUUUGUGAAUGUCACUUUUUGUCAUUUUCAAAUUUCCCGCUGUUCCGUCCCCCGUACGUCCCGACGCUCGCUGAGGACGGAACCCAGAUGGCAGAUGCCGGCAUUCGCCGGAUUACAUUGCCGGGGACACUUUAGGAGGGACGUCGUGGGAGCGCAGGACAAGGUAAUUGAUCAAGGGAUCGUGGAGCAGCGCCGCAUGGUAAGCCCGAGUGUAGCUCGGGGUUACCGCUUGUGGUACUGAAACUUUACCCCGAGCUACACUCGGGAAUACCGCCAGGGAGGCUACUACGUGUUUUAAAUUGAUUACAGCAGUUU